GCUAGCCUAUAAACCCACCCACAAGUCCGCUUGUCCUCGAGCCUCCCUCCCAUGGUCAGAGCUAGCAGGACCAGAGAUCGCGAGGCGGCGGUAGUAGCUGCCUCUGAGAUAGAUAUUGAUCUCAUAGUCUCGGAAGGCGGGGGCCGGGCUUGAUCGCGAUGAAGCGGAGCGGCAGCGGUGCGGGGAGUUGCCUGGGGCUGGUGGUCAUGGCCGUGGUGUCGACGGGCAUCAUCCUCAUCUCGUACCACCUCCACCGCCGGCUGGAGGCCGACAUGAAGGUCAAGAUCGGCGAGGGGGCGAACCUGCAGGACCGGCGACGCCGCCGGCCGCGGGGGGCGAAGAAGGUCAAGAAGGUGCGGUUCGCGGACGACGUGGUGGAGCCGUCGUCGAACAACGAGGAGUACCGGCGGCGGGUCUGGUCGUCGUCAACGACGACGAUCACUAGCGCCGUGGGCGCGCCCGGCGGCGGGGUGGACGCCGAGACCCUCAGCCUCAGCCUCGGCCCGCCGCCACGAAAGGGCGACGCCCUCCUCGCGCUGCCGGCUCCGACCCACGCGAUGCGGCGGCGCACCCGCCGGCUGCCGGAGCCCGACGCAUGCCGGCAGCGCGCGUGAGCUAGCUAGCUGGCGCGUCGGUCGCCUGGCUGGCGGUUAGCUUGGACGCACAGAUCAGCAGAGCGACCCCGGCCGGUCGUGCCAGCGGCAUGCAACAUGUCGUCAAUUUCCUCGACUAGGUUGAAUAAACCGAUCACCCAAGAUAGUAAUAAUAUAACGUGCCUAGCUGCCAUCUGGAAUAUACAGU